AUGCCGCUUCGCCUAACAACUCAAGUACUUGCUACUGCAUCUAAUAAUUUAAAUAAAUUGACAGGAUACACUAUAGUGGAGAACUUAAAAGAAGAGGUGAUUCAGAGGGAAAAAGAAUUUGAGACAGCGCGAAAAUGUCUUGCAACCGCUAAACGUGCGUAUGAAGAAAUUAUUUCAGGGCGAUCAGCAAUACAACGUGAAAUCAAUGAAUUGCUUCAACGUAAACAUCAAUGGUCAGGUGAUGACGUUAUUAGAUUUACACAGCUUUAUAAAAAUGAACACACGAACGAACAAAUUGAAUCAGCAGCCAGAGAAGAAUUUCAAAAAUGUGAACAAAAAGUUGAACAAGGGUAUACAGAGUUAACACGAUCAAUUAUGUUACGAUAUCAUGAAGAACAGAUCUGGAGUGAUAAGAUCCGUAGCGCAUCUACAUACGGUACGGUUGCUUUAAUGAUGCUCAAUGUAAUCUCAUUCAUCGGUGUGCAAACUUUUUUUGAACCAAGAAAACGACAAAAGCUGGCUGAUAAAUUUGAAGAAUUACUUAUUCAAAGGACAAACGAAGAGGGAAGUAAAUCUGAAACCGGAAUUGUUCAUACAUUUAUGAAACAAAGGUUUGAAAAUCUAGAGGGAAAAGUGGAUGAAUUGACACAAUCAUUAACGCCGAUAUUUAAUCAACUUUCUGAUUAUGUUGUGGGAGAUGUUGAACUUGGAAAUGAUGAUAGCAUUGAUCCUAAAUUAUCCACAACACAAAAAGAACUCAAACUUCCAAUGAGAGAAAUUGAAAAAUCAGCAAGUGUUCAACUUAGUCAAAGCGAAAUUGACAGACAUAUAUUUAUGUCUGCUUUUUUAGGGGCAUCGGUAGGCUGGCUUAUCAGCUUUAUGAUGACUGAAUGGUUCAGGUGA